AUGGAAACAGGAAACCACACAAGAGCCUCACAAUUCCUGCUCCUGAGUUUCUCUGAUGACCCUGCCCUGCAACCCCUCCUCUUUGGGCUGUUCCUGUCCAUGUACCUGGUCACUGUGCUUGGGAACCUGCUCAUCAUCCUGGCCAUUGUCACAGACCCCCACCUGCACACCCCCAUGUACUUCUUCCUCUCCAACCUGUCCUUUGUUGACAUCUGCUUCACCACCACUAUCAUCCCAAAGAUACUAGUGAACAUCCAGGCACAGAGCAAAGACAUCUCCUAUACAGGAUGCCUAACUCAGAUGUAUUUCUUUUUGCUAUUUGCUGGACUGGACAACUUCCUCCUGACCGUGAUGGCCUAUGACCGGUUUGUGGCCAUCUGUCACCCCCUGCACUACUUGGUCAUCAUGAACCCACGCCUCUGUGGCCUCCUGGUUUUGGUGUGCUGGUGCAUCAUUUUAUGGAUCUCCAUGUUUCAUGUUCUGUUGGUGAUGCGACUGACAUUCUGCAUAGGCACAGAAAUUCCAAAUUUCUUCUGUGAUUUAGCUCAGAUUCUCAAGGUGGCCUGUUCAGACACAUUCAUCAAUAACAUCUGCUUGUAUGUGGCCACCGCCCUGCUGGGCAUGUUCCCUUUCACCGGGAUUCUCUUUUCUUAUUCUCAAAUUGUCGCCUCUUUAAUAAGGAUGUCCUCAACUGGUGGCAAGUACAAAGCCUUCUCCACCUGCGGGUCUCAUGUCUGUGUGGUCUCCCUGUUCUACGGGACAGCCCUGGGGGUCUACCUCUCUUCUGCUGUGACCCAUACUUCCCAAAGAAGCUUAAUUGCUUCAGUGAUGUACACAGCGGUCACCCCCAUGCUAAACCCCUUCAUCUACAGCCUGAGGAACAAGGAUGUGAAGGGGGCCCUGGCGGGGCUGCUCAGCAGAGCGACCUCUUGUCACUGA